AUGAAGUUUUCUAUCACCGCUGCCCUCCUCCUCCUCCCUGCCACCAUCUUGGCCGUGCCUGCCGCAGAAUCCUCCACCGAGCAGUGCCAAGUAAUUAAAGCUAUAUCAUGUAAGGUCAUCAACAUAAGCGCUGGAACCACUGCAAAUUGUCGCACUGGGCCCGGCACCGACUAUCCUGUUGCAAAGAAGGUGGAUGCCGGUUCAAAGCACGCCUUCUCAUGCUACAAGAAGGGCGAGUGUGUCAAUGGAAACUGCACUUGGGAUCAGCUACACUACGAUGGCGGAUCCUGCUUUCUCAGUGGAUCGCUGACUGAUAGCAGCUGCUCGAUUGCUGCUCUUGGGCCAUGUUAA